CUCUGUAUCGGUAGUCUGGGAGCUCUUACAUCUUAAGAGUUGGAGUAGUCUUCAGAUUGAGGCUACACUAAACAAGCUAAACAGCAGUACGACUGCCGGUAACUUAGAUUUAAGAACAUUCUGUUCUAGUUUUAAGAACUUAGUUUAAGACUUAACUCCUAAGGCUUCUAUAUACUAUAAGACUUCAGACUGAGGCUACCCUGAAGACCCACAGCAGCAGUACGAGUGCCGGGAACUUGGAAGAUGUAAGAAAGUCCUGUUCUAGUUUUAAGAUCUUAGUUUAAGACUUAACUCCUAAGGCUUCUCUAUAUUGUCAGACAUAGAGCUCUUGCAUCUUAAGAGCUCGAAUAGUCUUCAGACUGAAGCUACACCGAAGACCCAAAGCAGCAGUACGAGUGCUGGGAACAUGACUUUUGACAGAAAACACGACCCGCCGCAAACAAAAUAUUUGAAAAGGUCAGCGAAACCAAAAACAAUAACAAAAAGCCACGAUGGUGGCGUCUCCAGAUGUGGAGAGAAGAACCUUGUCCAAAGUCAAAGUCAAGUAUACAGUCGACUCGGGCUGGGAGCUGCGUGAGAGAUUGUGGAUGUGGGCCAGAUGAUAUAAAGAAUGCUCCGGAGCAAUCUGCGGCUAGUAGCCACCAGGGCUGAGUACCGUGAAGAACAACCGAAGAACGACAAGAUGCGACUCCUAAUUGCUUUUUUGGGCCUCGUCAUGAUGAUGGCUCUGCUCCAGGCGGCACCCCUCGAGGUGGUCUACACCGGCGAGAGCUGUGCCUGCCCCACCCAGUUGGGCUACCAAUUGAACGUUCCCAAUCCCCCAAAGGCCAAGAAGUACGCGGCCAACGACUACGGGUAUCGGGUGGAGAAGCCCGUCCAGACCAAGGCCAAGAUCAGCUAUAGCUUCGACUUUACGGUCGAACAGCCGCGAACUCCGGCCCCGCCCAAGACCAAUCCGGCCAAGCUCUAUGCCAAGGUGGACCGGGUGACAGUCAACAAGGCGGAUUGCCAGGCCAAGAACAAGGAGACCUGCGGAUGCUCCAGCUGCUCCGCCCAGAAAUCCAGGUACGUAGCCCCUUCGGCCAGGUCGUCGAAUGCCAUCCGCCGGCGUAGGGAUCUCCGCCAGCCAGGUUCCCUCCUCCGCCGGAGAAUGAUGCGGCAGCAACAGCUCCAGGAGCGACCACCGCGCUACGUGAAGCUCUACCACAAGGACCUCUCCGCCCAGCAGCAACUGAAACUGAAACAGAAUCAGAAACCCCAGAAGGUGAAGCUCUUCGGACUGAUUCCAGUGGCUGAAUCCGUGGCCCAAUCCCCCCCAGCAACUGCAUCCACCAAGCGGAAAACCAAGAAAACCCCUGCCGGAUUUCUGGGCUUGGGCCGGCGGCUGAGUAAGCGGGACAUCAAGGGAGAGUACGAUCUCUUGGAGCAGGAACGAUCCCAAAUAGAUCUCACGGCCCCGGAGAUCAUACAGUUUAUGCCGGAAACCCUGAGUCCGGACUUCAAGCCCGGCCAGUGCCAUAUGGGCUGUGGGGCGAUAACAUCCGCAGCGCCACCACCACCACCGGAGGAGGCCUCCUCAACGCCCCGGGAUCAGGCUGAAGCUGAGCAGACCGAGACUCCGGAGCCGGUGAACUCCAUUCCGGCGAAGAGAUCUGCCCUGGGCUAUUACCCCCUCCAGAUCCCCUCCCCGCUGAGCUAUCAGCACGAGGACUACAAGUUCGUGGACGACUCCCAGUUGCGGAGUCUCCUGUCCACCACAUCAGUGCCAGAUCCUCUCCAGCACAGCUCCACGCCGCUGCAGUUUGCCGGAGAUCUGGAGUCGGUUACGCGACGCGGCUACGGAGCUCCGGUUCUGGGUGUGGGCUCUGGUUACCCCGUGGAGCAUGUUUCCGACUCCCAGCUAGACCGCAUCAUCUCCGGCAUUGUGUACAGCCAUCCGGGCUAUCAGUACGGCGCCGAGGGAGCGGAAGGUGCUCUGGUGGAUCCGGAACCGGUGCAGAAGCGACAGACCACCGACUUUCUGAGGAAGCUCAUCGACGGCCGGCUGGGCGGCUGGGGAUUCGAUGCCUCGCCAGAGCCGGAGCACGCUCUCCGGGCGGACUACUCCACCAGGCCGGCCAAGACCUACGGCUACAACAGCCAGAGCCAGAAUGGAUACCAUAUUGAUACUUAUAAUGUUCCACCCAUUACGGAUUACCUGAGGGCCUGGUUCUGAGCGAGAUCUAAUCCGGGCCAUUAUUAUUUUGUAGAAUUAGUAGUUAUUGUUAGAGAGGAGGAGAGAGAGGAGAGUCGGGAUGAAAUAGAAUAUAAUGUACACUGAAAACAAA